CACGUUGCGACCCGUAACCUCGUUUUCAUUUACCAUCCUCCCUUAAUGGCGCAUGCGUACAUUCGGUGAUUUCGAAAAACGAGACCGGCAAAUUAUUUGACGAAAAUCGUCGAUAAUUUUAUGGGAAUACUUGAUACAUAUUUGUGGAUAUUCAGCCCGCGAUUGUUAAUUCUUCUAAUUUCAACUGUUGGGGAUGGUAUCAGUGAAGCCCUCGGGACAUUAUGUCCACGAACUUUCCACAGAUGACGAGGAACGACUAAACGGUCUGUUUCAGCAGCUUGACGUGGACGGAGAUGGGAAGAUCGACGUUCACGAUUUGACGAAGGGCCUCAAAAAACUUGGGGUCCAUCAGACUCCAGGUCAGGCACAGAGAAUAAUAACCAAAGCAGAUAAAAAUAAAGAUGGACACAUGGACCUUUCUGAAUUUGUGCAAUAUCUUGCUGAACAUGAAAAAAACUUAAAAUUACAAUUCCGAAAUGUUGACAAAGAUCAGGACGGACAUAUUGAUAAAAGAGAAGUGAUGAGUGCAUUAGAGGAAUUAGGAAUAACUGUUACAGAUAGUCAAGUACAUAAAAUUAUUCAAAGUAUGGAUAAAGAUGGUACAUAUAAAAUUGACUGGCACGAAUGGAGGGAAUAUUUACUUUUUCACCCUGGGUCAGAGUUGAAAGAUAUUUAUAGGUACUGGAGGCAUGCAACAUUUAUAGAUAUAGGAGAUGAUGUGAUCGUACCCGAUGACUUCACAGAGCAAGAGUACACAUCUGGGAUGUGGUGGAGGCAAUUAGUUGCUGGUGGCGCGGCAGGUGCAGUGUCAAGGACAUGUACAGCGCCGCUGGAUAGGUUGAAAGUUCUUUUACAGGUACAUGCAAGCAAGAAAAACGAUUUAGGUAUUGUUACGGGUCUUCGACACAUGAUAAAAGAAGGGGGAAUGAAGUCGUUAUGGCGAGGGAAUGGUAUCAAUGUUAUCAAAAUAGCUCCAGAAACUGCAUUUAAAUUUAUGGCAUACGAACAGUUUAAAAGAUUACUUCAUACGCCAGGAACGGACUUAAAAGCUUAUGAAAGGUUUACAGCUGGUUCAUUAGCUGGUGCGUUUGCACAGACGACAAUCUACCCAAUGGAGGUGUUAAAAACAAGGUUAGCACUUCGGAAAACUGGCCAGUACAAAGGAAUUGGUGACUGUGCAAGAAAAAUAUUUCGAGCUGAGGGACUAACAAGUUUUUAUAGAGGUUAUAUACCAAAUCUGCUUGGUAUUAUUCCAUAUGCUGGUAUAGACUUAGCCGUUUAUGAAACAUUGAGGAACUCUUGGAUUGAACACCAUCCAGAUGAAUCUGAUCCAGGGGUGUUAGUAUUACUACUAUGUGGCACAACGUCCAGUACAUGUGGACAGUUAGCCAGUUAUCCACUAGCACUGAUCAGGACAAGGCUACAAGCACAAGAUCGGUCACUAUGCAGGCUUUCAGCAUCUCAACAAACUAUGGUGGGACUUUUCAAGACUAUUGUCAAAGAAGAAGGUGUGACGGGUCUGUACAGAGGAAUCAUGCCAAACUUCAUGAAAGUGGCACCAGCAGUUAGCAUCAGUUAUGUAGUGUACGAACAUGUGCGCAAGACAUUGGGCGUCAACUGGGGAACCAAAUAAUCUGUUACUGAGAUAUGGUCAUCACUACUUUUGAAAGCUUGGACACUGGGGCAAAGUGUGUAACAAAUGGUAUUGUACGCGUUGUAUAUAAAUGAUAUAUUAAGAUUAUAAACAUUUACUUCAUUUGCUGGUAUUUCCACUACAGAGACCUUCCUUGCAGUCUAGAAAUAUUAUUAUUUUCAUUUUUACUCUGGGUGGAGGGAGUUAAUCUUUGCAUAUACAGAGCUGAACAUUAUGAUAAUUUCUUGUGCUUUCAUUCUAAAUUCCAUCGAAUUUUAAGUGUUUUGUUUUGCAAUUCUGUAAUCACUCAAGCCAGAGU